AUGUUUAAUAAAAUUCGUGAUUGGUUAAAAGAGCCUGAAAAUAAGGAACUCAAUAAAGCACGUACCACAUCAACCCUAAAACCUAGACAACAGUAUAUGAAGAAGAGAUAUAGAGCUCCAUUACUAAGUACUGUUCCAGGAUUAAAUAUUGACAAGAAUAAUUCAACCUCAUCUUCGGAAAACAGAUCAAAAUUGGAUAUGAGACAAAAUUUAGAAAGUAUAGAUAAUAGGACACGUAAUUGCAGUCCCAAAUGGUCUGCUUUACAAAAUGUCUUCACAAAUAAAGAUCGUGACCUAAGCUCUCUUCAAAAAAUAGGUGAAGAUAUCCCAAUAAUUCUACCUAGAUCCAGGAUAAUAGUAGGCUCAUUGCAAGGCAAUAGAUUAUUAAGAGACAGAAUUAAAAAGACAAAUGCUUUUAAGAGAAAGUUAAUUCAAAAAAGAUAUGAUGAAAAGAGAUUAAAAGAAUUAAAUGGCGAUAUUGAGGAUAAAAAUCGUAUAUCAGACUCUGAAUAUAGGCACUUAUAUCGUAAUAAUUCCAUUACCAAUAGUAAUUAUCGUAGACAUAAUCGUCUAAAUAAAAUACAUUCAGAUAUAUAUGAUGAUGAAAUAUCUUCCUUAAAAAACCAAGUGGAGAAUUUAGAAGAACAGUUGCGAUUUAUGAAAAAACAACAUAUAUCAUUGACAAAGCAAUUAAGGUUUGCACAAGAAAAAAACGUUCUUUUGGAAUCUUCAUUAGAUGAGGCUAAAAUAGAUAAUAAUUAUUUGAAAUCUCGUAGACACAUCAAAAAUCUAGAAAAAGAAAAUUUGAAGCCAACCCAACAAAUUCCAGCUUCACCAAAAAAAUAA